AUGGAAAAGCCAACGGGGUCACCACGUGUGCCGCCUCGCUCUUGCUCAUGGAUCGCCAUAGCCACCUCUUGCAUGGACCAAUCCAGCUUGCGACGCCACUAGCGUCUUCUCAUUGCAACGCCAAUGGAAAGGCCAACUCCAAAAUCGUACUGUAAUUUGAUGAUGAGUCUUGUCUUUCAUUUCAGCGCUUCUUAGCGUUGUGUGUGUGUGCGUGUUUUUUUUAUUUAUUUGAUGGAGCGAUUGAUUGUUGGAUUUCGGAACAGGUUCUGGUUUAGUGGAACUUAGGUGAUGUAGUCGGGAUUAGGCGAAAAAUUUUUGGUCUCUGAGAAGGAUUUGGUGAUUGGUGUGGAAGAGUGGCGUCAUGCAGGGCGUGUGAUUGCUGCUGACGUGGAUCGAGGUCAUGUUCUUUGUAUUGGCUUAUGGAGUAAGAAGGACGAGGAGUUGAUUGUGGUUGUCGAGUAUCAUGCGGUUGUCGUGUUUACGAGGAGGAUCUUUGGAGGGAAUCGUUGAAUGCGAGUUCAAGUCCAUGAACAUGUAGCGUGGGUUUUUUUUUUUUUUUGAGGGAUAUAGUUGAUGCGUUGUGCCAUAGCCGGGUGAAAUACGUGUUCCGAUUUAGUUGGCAGUAUGUUGCGAGCUGUGGGAAAGAAGGUGAGACGCGUUCUUCGUGAAGAACUUCUCGCUGGGUUGCAGGGUCGAGGUUUAGGAAGGAUUUAUGACGCGUCGGGAACGGGCGUGCGGAAGCAUGGAUGGGGAAUAUCCUCGCGAGAAACCCACACCAACAGCCUUUACAUUCAUCACACGAUUGGUGGCGUUGGUCGUGACUCGGUUGCAGUGACCGUGGGUUUAUUGCACUCCCUUGAGAGAUUGCAACCCGGAAUAGGCUACUUCAGGCCCAUCGACCAAACCACAAUUGGUGGCUAUAGGUCCAAAUUGAUCAAGAGCGUUUUCAAAAUGAAAGACGAUCCAGCAAUCAUGCAGGGGGUUACGCAGGACCGUGCUUAUGAGCUUGUCACGAAUGACAAGAUUGAUGACUUGUUGGAAGAAGUUCUCAAAGCCUAUGAAGCUUGCAGGGUCAAACACGACUUUGUAGUUGUUGAGGGGACAAGUUUGAGAGGCGGUGGUGACGACACAGUCACCCUUAAUGCCAAAAUCGCUCAAACUCUGGGAUCAUCAGCAUUACUUGUCACAGAUGCAGGAAUUGCUUGUGGCAAGAUGGAUAAAAUGAAGAAUUGGGAUGGAUUUGACUGGGAGAAACGGGUUGUUAACAAUGCCAAGCUGAGUGACUUGGUUUUCAGACGCGAACACGUGGAUGUGGUGGGAGCAAUCGUCCAUCGUACACCCCAAACUGAAAGGAAAGAUAAACUGCUCCGGAAGGUGUUUGAGGAAAUGAAAAUACCAUUUGUAGGAGCCUUGCCUGAGGACUCGGUCUUGCGGUCUGUGCAGGUACAAGAUGUUGCCAAAAAGCUCGAAGCAGGACUGCUAUAUCCAGUUGAGGAUGAGGAGGUUGCUAUGUCAACGGAAGUCACUCAAUAUCUUGUGGCUACUGAACAACUAUCUGAUUUGCUUCGCCACUUGCCUCGAUAUGUUGAUCCGACGAAGGGCUCCAUCGUCAUUACUUCCGCAAAUCGAGUUGACAUUCUACUGGGGCUGAUACAUCUUCACGAGUCCAAGUCGAAUGCAAACAUAGCAGCCGUGGUCCUUAGUGGGGGCAAGCCUCCACCGAGGGAGGUCCAUGAGUUGUUGAAGGCCCGGAAUUCAGGCACAUUGCCUAUUAUCCUAAGUCCUCAAAUGACAUUUGAAACUGCAUCUGCACUUGCAAAUGUGGAGGGCUAUAUCUCGUCCAAAACUCCUCUGAAGGUCGAGCGGGCUCAGACGUUAUUUGACGACAACAUCAACAUGAAGCUUAUUAAGGAUGCAAUGUUCCAGGAACGUCCGGUGCGAAUGAACUCCAAGCUAUUCCAACAUAACCUCUUCACGCGGGCUAAACAAUGCAUUCAGACAAUUGUGUUACCUGAGGGUGAAGAACCUAGAACAUUACAAGCAGCAGGAACUGUUCUACGAAGGGGACUUUGCAAUCUAAUUUUGCUGGGAGAUCGGGAGAAGAUUGAAACUUUGGCAAAACAAUUUCGAGUGGACAUUAGUCAAGCUCGCAUUGUUGAUCCAAGAGAUUGCCCUGAGACUGAAAAGUAUGCCAGAUAUUUUUAUGAAUCUCGUAAGCACAAGGGAAUAACACUUGGGCAAGCUCACAAUAUUUUGAUAGGGGAUGUGAAUUACUUCGGCACUUGUAUGGUAGCUGAGGGGGCUGCUGAUGGUAUGGUCUCCGGAGCUGUUCAUACUACUGCCAACACAGUUCGUCCUGCACUUCAACUAAUUAAGACACUUCCAGGCAUUCCUGUGGUUUCCAGUGUCUUCUUCAUGUGCCUACCUGGAAAGGUACUGGUCUAUGGUGACUGUGCCAUCAACUCAGAUCCAACAAGUGAAGAAUUGGCAGCAAUAGCUAUAGCUUCUGCAGAUACUGCUGCUGCAUUUGGAAUCAAACCACGGGUGGCAAUGCUGUCAUAUGCAACAGGGGACUCCAAUAAAGGUCCUCUUAUACAAAAGGUUAUUGAUGCAACCGCAAUUGCAAGAAAACUACGCCCAGACUUGCUGAUUGAAGGACCUUUGCAGUAUGAUGCAGCUGUUGAUCCUGUCAUAGCGAAGACGAAGAUGAAAGGGGCUGAAUCUGAGGUUGCUGGAAAGGCGUCGGUGCUCAUCUUUCCAGACCUUAACACUGGAAACAAUACCUACAAAGCUGUUCAGCAGACAACUGGGGCAGUAGCAAUGGGACCAUUACUGCAAGGGCUGAGAAAACCCGUGAACGACUUGAGUCGAGGUUGCACUGUACCAGAUAUUGUCACCACUAUCGCUCUUACUGCAGUACAAGCAGCUGCCAUGAAGGAGACCGCAAAAAGGGAGACUCCAAAGGAAAACCUUGUAGCUUCAGCGGCGUAAACCCAGCAACUACGGCUAUUCCUACCCCGCGUUGAGUGGCUGAAAUUUUUCACGUGUAUUGAUCAACAGAUUAGUGUCUUAUUGGAGAUAGAGGUUGGGAUAGAAGGAGUAUUUGUAACCAAACAAGUACAGGCAAGUUCGUUGCUUAGGUAAACUAGGCCAAUGUGCACCUUAACUUUCUAAGCUUAACAUAGUGUAGAGUUACACUUGGAUACUUGGUGUUCAACAGUUGUAUUGUGCAGUUACAAACAUAUGUCUCGAGCACUCGUAGCAAACACGAUGCAUUAGAGAUGAGAAUUUUGUACGAUGUAGAUUAAUAAUCAACCCAAGUUAACCCUCA